UGAGCGAAGCUGCUGAUUGGCUGCCGGGUCGCCCCUGUGUCCGCACUGUUAGGGAGCUGGAGAUGCUGAGCCGCACAGCUUACCCCGAGCCAGAGGCGGCGGAGCUCAGCUGGGAGCGAGGCGGAUAGGGGCGGACAGCCCGGGCAGUGACCUGCAGGGACCAGCCAGACCCCCACAAUGGACACGGACUCAGGGGACCUCAGCGAGGGGGAACUCUCCCCAGGACCAGAGUUAUUUAGCUCAAAGAGCUUUGCAGUUCAAGCCCAGAAGAAGAUUCUGAGCAAGAUGGCAACAAAGUCUAUGGCAAAUAUGCUUAUUGACGACACAAGCAGUGAAAUCUUUGAUGAGCUUUUUAAAGCAACCAAGGAACACGUAAGGAAUAAGAAAGAAGCUCACAAAAUCCUUAAGGACCUCAUAAAAGUCGCAGUAAAAGUUGGCAUUUUGUACAGGAACAACCAGUUCAGCCCAGAGGAACUGGAAAUUGUGGAAAAAUUCAGGAAAAGGCUGAAUCAGACAGCAAUGACUGCUGUGAGCUUCUACGAAGUUGAGUACACGUUCGAUAAGAAUGUGCUGUCCGGACUCCUUCAAGAAUGUAAAUCACUUUUACAUGAUUUAGUGCAACGUCACCUGACACCAAAAUCUCACAGUCGAAUCAACAGGGUUUUCAAUCACUUUGCAGAUGUUGAAUUUCUUACUGCCCUCUACAGCCUUGAUGGGAAUUGCAGGCCAUACCUCAAAAGGCUAUGUGAGGGAGUGAACAAACUCCUUGAUGAAAAGAUCCUUUAAAACAUUGCCUUUGAACUUCUCAUGUUUGCAUAAUGUUGUAAGGAAACUGAAUGAAUAUUAUUGAUAUUAUUUCAGGUGGCAAGAUAACAGCAGAUGUCUGUAGAGAAUGCAAUGUGUGAAUACUUCAUUUUUGUUUUGUUUUUUGUUCUAUGUUCUGGAAUUACUUGGAUUUUUUUUUUAUCAUUUGUAAUGAAUGAGGCAUUCACCCGCAAUCACCAGUAUAUUCCCUUAAGCAAGGAGAAAAAGAUUAUUUUUUGUAAACUUUGACUGAUGUCAUCGACAAACCAUUUCAAAUUGUUUGUGAGCUUAAGAACCAUGGUACUCCAAGAAAGGAAUGUUGAGUGUGAUCAUUUCUGUCAGUGGACAGUGCUUGAACUCUUCUGGUUUUGGGGGAUUUUAAACCCUCUGCUUCACCACUUGCUUUUAUGUUUUCAUUUACUCUUAAAUCUAUGAAACCGUGCAGCUUGCCAAUAAAAGCAAAAAUGUUGCAUGACA